AUGGUAAACAGACGCCUGAUGACCUUCCUCGAGGAACAGGAGCUUCUCGACCAUCGACAGUUCGCAUUCCGUAAGGGACUCGGCACAGGAAUUCAUCUAGGCUGCCUCGGUGAAACAGUAAGUGACGCCAUAGCCAGCGACCUACAUGCGGACAUCGCCAUCCUUGAUCUCGCCAAGGCAUACAACACGGUAUGGCGUGAAGGAGUGCUUCGCCAGCUGCACCAAUGGGGUGUUAGCGGAAACCUUGGCUGCUUCCUCAAGCAGUACCUCAGUGACCGAAGUUUCAGGGUGGGCAUUGGAGGAACCGCCAGGCCAGUCAAACUUGCCGGAACCUUAAUUCCUUUCCGGAAGGAACCUAAAAUUCUUGGUAUGACUAUCGACCGGAUGACGACUUUUCUACCGCACUUCCGGCAGGUGAAAAAGGACUGCGAAAGUAGAAAACGACUAAUUCGCUCCUUUAGUUCGCGUCACCCAAAGUGGAAUAGGCGAACCGCACUAAAUAUCAACCAAGCCCUCCUCCAUAGUCGCCUGUUCUACGGCCUAGAGAUAACCAGUCUCAAUUGGGAGGGAUCAGUCUUGUCACCGUUGUAUCACGGAGCAGUCAGACUGGCUUCGAAUCUACUGCCCAGCACCCCUGCCGAAGCCGCCUGCGUUGAAACCGGAGUACUUCCCUGCCGAUGGGCACUGGCGGUAGCUGUCCUGAAAGGAGCGGUUGGAUUCUUAGAGAAAACAUCUGGUGAUGGAUGUCACCUUCUACAAACAGCCAAGGACAUCCAUAUCGCAUUUACUAAUACCCCUCUCUCUACAAUCACACAGCUGCAUCGGGUUCACAACCGCGCCUGGCAUGAGCGUGGCCCAAACUUAGACUGCAGCCUGGCUGUAUCCGCCAGAACAGGCGGUCCUCCCAGUACUGUCAGAGCUAAGUUCCUUCAAAUGGUUGAACGCAAAUACCCUAAUCAUCUGCACAUUUACACUGACGGCUCGAAACUUAGCGAGGGCAUGGGGGCGGGUGUGAGCGGAAUUGGAGAGGGCCUCACCCUUCGUCUACCCUCUGUUUGCUUAGUAUUCUCCGCAGAAGCAGCCGCCAUCGCCAUUGCCAUCACUAAGAAACCUGAAGAUACUCCUGCUGUGAUUUUCUCCGAUUCCCUCUCUGUCAUCAAAGCACUGGAAUCGGGGGAGUCCAAGCACACCUAUGUUCAAGCCAUAGAGCAAUCCUGCGACCCGUUUACUACCAUAUGCUGGGUUUCCGGGCACAGUGGGAUUCGCGGUAACGAAGAGGCUGACCGUUCGGCCGCACUCGGCCGCCAUUCACGCGCUCUGUUUUCCAAAGAGGUCCCAUCGUCUGAUGUUAUUAAGGAAUUCAAGGCAAAAGUCUCCGAGCACUUUAUGGCCCACUGGAGGAAUCUACGAGGCUACCCACAGGUUAAAAAAGAUCUCGCGAAGUGGACAGACCGCGAAAACCGGAGGGAACAAAGAGCACUGUCGCGCCUAAGGGUAGGACACACAAGACGAUCACCCAAACCCACACCAUCACCCGCGUCAAUCCCCCAAUGUGCCCGACCUGCAAUACAAGAAUCACGGUAG